AUGCGUAACAGCAUCCGCGCAGCCCUCACGGCGGUGCCGUGGGUCAUGCUCCGCGUGAUUUUAGCCUCUGAAGACCACAAUGACAUCACAGCAGGACACACCGUCACUCUGCCAUGUCGAGCUUCCAACACCUCCAUCACGGCUGCAGAGUGGAGACGACCAGACCAGAAGCCAGAGUAUGUGCUUUUGACCCGGGACGGGCACUUUGACCCAGCCAAACAGCAUCCAUCAUUCCAGAACCGGGUGGAGCUGCAGGACAGACACAUGAAGGAUGGAGACGUGUCUUUGAUCCUCCACAAUGUGACGAUUAACGACACCGGAACAUACGAGUGUCGUGUCUUCAUGGAGGAAACACGCUCAUGGAAAUCCAUCAGCACCAUCUACCUGAGUGUUCCUCCUCCAGACCAGAAAAACAUCACAGCUGAGUCUGGACAGAACGUCACUCUGACAUGUCGAGCUCCAAACAACAACAUCAAACCCAUCAUAGUCGUAGAGUGGAGCAGAGCUGACCUGGAGUCAGAUUAUGUGUUUUUGUACCGGGAUGAGCAGUUUAACCCAGAACACCAGCAUCCAUAUUUUAAGAACCGGGUUGAUCUGCAGGACAGACAGAUGAAGGAUGGAGACGUGUCUGUGAUCCUGAAGAACGUGACGAUUAACGACACUGGAACAUACGAGUGUCAUGUUAGAGAGAGAGAGAGAGAGAGAUUAAAAUGGAAGCUCCGUGAGCGGCGCGCCUUCAUAUCAGCGUCACCUAAAUUCAUCCCAGCUGAGUCUGGAAGGAACGUCACGCUGCCGUGUCGAGCUCCAAACAGCAACAUCUCCAUCAUAGUCACAGAGUGGAGCAGAGCUGACCUGGAGAAAGAAUACGUCCUUUUGUACCGGGAUGAGCAGUUUGAUCCAGAUGAUCAGCAUCCAGCCUUUAAGAACCGGGUGGAUCUGCAGGACAGACAGAUGAAGGAUGGAGACGUGUCUCUGAUUCUGAAAGAUGUGACGAUUAAUGACACUGGAACAUACGAGUGUCGUGUCUUCCAGAGAGGAAAAAAUCGCGGGAAGAGAGCUCAUCUGAUGACUGAGCCCAUCAGCAUCAUCUACCUGAGAGUUGUUGCUCCUCCAGAGCAGAAAAACAUCACAGCCUUGCCAGGACAGAAUGUCACUCUGCCGUGUCGAGCUGCAAACAACAAAGAACCCAUCAUAGUUGCCGAGUGGAGCAGACCCGACCUGGGAGAUGAAUAUGUCCUUCAGUACCGGGAUGAGCGGUUUGAUCCAGAAAACCAGCAUCCAGCCUUUAAGAACCGGGUGGAUCUGCAGGACCAACAGAUGAAGGAUGGAGACGUGUCUCUGAUUCUGAAGGAUGUGACAUUUAAUGACACUGCAACAUACGAAUGUCGUGUCUUCCAGAGGGGAACAAACCGCAGGAAGAGAGCUGACCUGAAGACUGAGCCCAUCAGCAUCAUCACCCUGAGAGUUGUUGCUCCUCCAGGUCAGCCAGCAGGAAGCAAUGGGGAUGGAGGGAAGGAGGAGGAUGGAUCUGUGGCACUGAUAGCUGGUCUCUCGGUUCUUGCUGUGGUUCUCGUUGCUGCUUCUGUCGGUUUUAUGAUCUUCAGAAAUCAAAUCAAACAGUUCUGUUGAAUCAUCUCAGAGAUUUUUACACCUGAAUCCUGAGUUUCCUCAUUUUGGUGUUCAGCAUCUCUGUGAAAGACUUCAUCAUUCUGGGGGCUGCAUGUAGAAGAACAUUAUCUAAACAUUGAUUCAUUCCAAAAGAAAAAUGACACAACUUCUUAAAUGUUAUUUUUUUUUGGUGCCAAACAUCGACAGUCAGGUCAGCAAACAUUUCCAGGUUUGAUAUGUGAACGUGCAUUAAGGGAAUUUUUUUAGUAACAGAAAAAUAGAGGGUUUUUUUUUUUUUAGCUCCUCACUGUCUGAUCGAUAACCUUCACAAACACCAGCUGGAAAACUUCUUCUUCUUUGAAAAGACGAGUUUGUUUAAAGUAUUAGUAUUUGAGUAUUAGAAGGUUAUGAAUGACAAAAGUACUGUUGAUGCUGUGAGGAGGGACCAAACCUGCUCGUCCAUCCUGCUGCCUCCUGCUCAGCUAAAGCCUCUCUUUAACUUUGCUUUUAAAUUCCAACUAUCUGCUGCUUCAGUUUAAAAACACACAUCAUUCAUAUUUAUGUAUCAUAGCCUCUAAAGUUGAUUGUGUGAAGCUUGUAUCUAUUUUUUUUUUUUCAUGUUUUCUAAGCACUACAUGUACUGUGAAGCUUUAUUAGAGCACACCUGCUUCUUCUUCUUCUUUAAGCUGCUUCUGUUGGGGGUCACCCCAGCAGGUCAUCUACCUCCAUCUACACCCAGCGUCCUCCAGUUUCACACCAGCCCUCUGCCUGUCCUACAUCAUGAAUCCUCUCUGUGGGCUUCCUCUUUUCCUCAUACCUGGCAGCUCCAUAUGUAACAACCUUUGUCUAGGAGAGUGCUUCCCAAAGCGUGGGCCGCUGCCCCCUGGUGGUACUACAGGAGGGCCACAGUAAUAACAGACAUCCAGUUUGAUAGCACUCACAAGUAUGUACAGUUAUAUAUUUAUAUGAAUGUAUUUAUUUAUAUGAAAAUUUAAAUAAAAUUGUAAUAGGAAUUGGUUAGUUUGUGAUAUUACUCACUGCUUCCCAUUGAAGGUGGGUCACAUAUUGGCAUUAACCCUUUACAUAUGACUGUGUAGUAUUAGCACUUUAUAGCCAGAAGCCUGUGUUCAAGUUUUCUGAAUCAAAUUUUAAAGGGAAUUCAUCACUUUUUCUUGUAUUUUGAUGAGAGU